AUGACAACCAGGAAGUGGGCUUGGAAGCAGCCAUCCUUUGAAGAAAGCGUAAUAGCUCACUGGUCUAGCUCCAUGGCACCGAAAAUGUAUCAGGGCUCAAGUGAUUCACCGAAGCGACGAGACCUUGAAAGUUGUUCAAGUGUCAGUAGAGGGACGUUCUGUCAAUCGGGGAAGGUUUUUGGUGACAACACCUAUAGAUAUCAGAAGUGA